AUGCCAGGGCCGGGGCGACUCCUGGGCCAGGCCGUCGUCGCCGCCUGUCUUCUCUUUGGCCUGUUAUUCUUAUUAUACCAGCCCUCUGGACAACCGCAAACAAGUUCGUCACGCGGACGACGUACCUCGGCCAAAGGUUUAGUUGAAGACGCAAGGAAUUCUACCCUCGGGUUUGGCGCUAUUUAUGUAAUCAACCUACCCGUACGAUCGGAUCGUCGCGAUGCCCUUUCUUUAAUGUCGGCUCUGAACGGUGUAGAUGUGGAGUACAUUGAUGGAGUGACUGGAGAUGAGGUGCCCGACAGGGCCCUACCACCUCCAGCAAGUCACGUCACCCUGCUGUCCGGCAACAUUGGCAGCUGGAGAGGGCACUUGAAUGCGAUCAGGGCCGUCGUUGAAAACAAUCUAGAUUCCGCACUCAUUCUCGAGGACGACGCCGACUGGGACCUCCGCAUUCAUGACCAAAUGUCUGACUUUGCUAAGGCAACCCGCACCCUAACACAGCCUCUCGCCGGCUCCAAGGCUUCCUACGCGGAUCCGACCUUCUACGACCCCUCGGAAGGUGGCCAACCUGAACUCAUGAACUUUGCCCAGCUCCCCCGAACCGUUUUGCCACAAGUUUCCCCAUACGGCGACGACUGGGAUGUGCUGUGGAUCGGCCAUUGUGGCACCGAAGCUCCGAAUAUUAACCUAAAAGAUAAGGACAAGGCAAAGCUAUCCAAAACACUACCCCGCGGUCGAGUUAUCCAGUAUAAUGACGACACCGUCCCGGAAAACCAUUAUCUGAAUGUUAUGGAGCAAGAACUGGAUCCUCGCGAAAUAUUCCCCGAUCACACGCGGACAACUCAUCACGUCAUGGGGCAAAUCUGCUCUCUGGGCUAUGCUGUUUCACAGCGAGGUGCACGUCGCAUUCUCUACGAAAUGGGCGUGGGAAAAUUUGACGGCCCAUACGAUAUUAUGCUGCGUGAUAUCUGCGAAGGUGUCAAUGAACGCCCUAAGGGCGCAGUCUGCCUUUCGGUCGAACCCGGCCUGUUUAAUCAUCAUCGUCCUGUCGGUCUCUCUUCUUACCACAGCGAUAUCUCGGAACAUCUUGACGCACCUGUCGAAGUCGCUUUCUCAGAAAACAUCAGAUACAGUGCACGUUUGAGUAUACCCAAACUGAUUGUUGGGGAUCCCGAACUCGAGGACCAAUGGCCAGACAUCGUUGGUCUUGAAAAGAACGACAAAACCGAAAUUACUAGAAAGUCGUCAUGA